AUGGAACAUAUUUUGAAGACAAUACUUGUUAUCUUCGAGAGAAUACUUGUAAUAAUUUUUAUCUUGGAAUUAAUAAUUGGAAAUUUAGGAAAUGGAGUCUUAGCACUGGUGAACUUCAUAGACUGGGUUAAAAGAAAAAAUAUCUCAUUAGUUAAUCAAAUCCUCACUGCUUUGUCAACCUCCAGAAUUUUUCUGCUCUGGUCACUGUUGACAGGUUUAUUCAUCACUUUACGGUAUCCAGAUUUAAUACAGACUGUAAGAAUGAUAAAAUUUCUUAAUAAUCUAUGGAUUAUAAGCAACCAUUUCAGCAUCUGGCUUGCCACAUGUCUAAGCAUCUUUUAUUUUCUCAAGAUAUCCAACUUUUCUAACUUUAUUUUUCUUUAUUUAAAGUGGAGAGUCAGAAAAGCAGUUUCAGUGACACUGUUGGUUUCUCUGGUCCUUUUGUUUUUAAAUAUUUUACUUGUCAACUUGGAAAUUAAUGUGUGUAUAAAUGAAUACGAAAGAAACACAUCCUACAGCUUCGGUACUUAUUACCAUGCAAAUUGUCACAGGCAUGUGUUAAUCCUUCAUAUGAUUUUCCUGACUGUCCCUUUUGCUGUGACCCUGCCAAUUUUCCUCCUGCUCAUCUUCUCCCUGUGGACACACUGCAAGAAGAUGCAGCAGCAUGUCCAAGCAUGCAGAGAUGCCGGCACCACAGCCCACUUUAAAGCCUUGCAAACCAUGAUUGCCUUCCUCCUAUUAUACACCAUUUUUAUCCUGUCUAUGUCACUACAGUUUUUGAAAUAUGAGUUACUGAAGCAAAAUCUUUUCAUUUUAUUUUGUCAGGUUGUUUAUAUAGCUUUUCCUUCAUUCCAUUCAUGUAUCCUUAUUUUGGCAGAUGUGAAGCGGAGACAGGUCCCUCUUUGUGUGGUGGUGGAGAAAAUGCAGGACUAA